GAAAGAGGGGCGUGGAAGGGAUGAUGGCGUUCACACAAAGGCACACGCUCCCCUCUACUCGACUCUCGCUGGCUCACCGACGAACCACUUCGUGGGGCUGUGCACAGAGGGCGGCGUGUUCGAAGCCAUAUACACAACUACAAACGAGGAUGGUUGGGGGGUGACGAGAAGAGGGGUGAGCGAGGGAGAGAGACAGAGAGCGUGUUCUGUGUAGAGUGUCGGCUUCGCUGCGCUGGCUGUUCCCUCGCCUAGCAUCGAUCUCCGCUCCGCCGCGGCGUUUGUGUAAUUUCCGAAUCGAGUUUCAGCGCGCCAGUCGCUUCAGAGAAAGAGUGAGUGAGUCCUGCCACCGAACAGUUGAAAAGCCCGUCGUCCGUCCGCUCUCUACGCGCCGAGAGAGUAAGCUAAGCAAUAUCUAUUCACGAGUGAACCGUGAGCAGGUAGUAGAGACAGACGUUGGUGUGCGAACACGAAGCGGAUAGUUCAUGUUUCGCGUAUUCGAAACCGGCUGUAGCAUUUUGCAAAAAGUUUCUUAAAAAGCUCUGGGUUUAUAAAAUCGUGACGUGAGAAAUUUCACUUAUAGUCUCUCUCGUUCGUUGCGGUGUAGAGAGCGCGAGAGAGAUAGAUAGAUAAAUUGAUAGAGAUAGAGAGAAAGAGAGAAGGAGAAAAAGACCGACGGCAGCGGAGAGUGGUGUGCUUGUGCGGUGGGCAUCGGUGAGCGCUCGUGUUGGUCGACCGUGAGAGGCGAGUCGUGUCGGUCGCCCGGUCGCUAGUCGCUAAGGGGGGAAAGGCAGCAGCGGCAGCAGGCAGAGAAGCAGCAGCGAGCAGCUAGGCUAGCUGGGUGAGCGGCGGCAGUCAGGCGAGCAGAGCAGUCGAAGUUGGAGAAGAAGGGAAUUAUUGAAAAGGGAAGCGGCUCGGCUCGACUCGACUCGACUCGACUCGCGAAGCUCUAGUAUUAACGUCGAGUAGUGCUGCCCUCAGUCGGCAAAGAGACGUAUACCGACCGACAGUUUUCAUCACAAUGGCUUCCGUGAAAGACACGGCGACUUUCUUCGCCGAAGGUACGGCGAGCCAAUUUGAACACGUUAUCAAGCUAUAUCCUCAGGCGCUGAGGCUAAAGGCGGACUUGAAGACCAAGAAACCCGAGGAACUUAUCAAGCUGGAUAACUGGUACCAAAAUGAACUGCCUAAGAAAAUCAAAUCGAGAGGAAAGGACGCUCAUCUUAUUCACGAAGAGCUGGUACAGACAAUGAAAUGGAAACAAACGCGUGGCAAAUUUUAUCCCCAACUUUCGUACCUGGUCAAGGUGAAUACACCCAGAGCUGUUAUGGCUGAGACAAAAAAAGCCUUUAAGAAACUGCCAAACCUGGAACAGGCUAUCACUGCCCUAUCAAAUUUAAAAGGGGUCGGCACUACCAUGGCCUCCGCCCUACUCGCUGCUGCUUCACCGGAAAAUGCUCCAUUCAUGGCCGACGAAUGCCUCAUGGCUAUUCCAGAAAUCGAAGGCAUCGACUACACUACCAAGGAGUACCUGAACUUUGUCCAGCACAUUCAGACCACAGUUGAAAGGCUCAACAAACAAAUAUCAAAUGGUAAAUCGUGGAGCCCGCACAGAGUUGAACUCGCGCUGUGGACGCACUACGUAGCCUCAGAAUUGCAGCCAGAAUUGUUGGACGGAAUACCAGGUACAACCGAGAACGGUAACUCGCAUCCGACAAACGGAGAGACAACAGAACCAUCUGACGACAGUAACCAAGAGGAGGAAGUAGUGGCUGGAGGAGUGGUUGCGGUAUCGAAUGGUAACAAGGAUCCGAUAGAUCCAGCAGCGAUUGAUGAAAAUAGUACAACGUCGUUCACCGAGGAUUCGCUGGACAAGCCAGCCACCCUGACAGCGACUAUAGCAGCAGCGGAGGCGGCGACAAUGACGGCAACAACGACAACAACGACGGUUACAAAGGAGACUGAAAUGGAGACAGAGUCGGACGCGACGACCACGACGACAAAAACAACAACAACAACAACAACAACAACGACAACGGUAACGCCAAGCGAAGACACAAACGACUCUGUCGCAACAAACGACGACAGCAACAAUCGGCCGACGGACAGCGAGGACACAGAGGACUCUCAGGAUAAUACCCAAGAGCCGCCGUCUAAAAAAAGCAAGAAGUGACCCCCUACUAAUAGCCAAUCACCAUCACAAUCCACGAUGAUAACUACAACUACCAUUAGUCGCAACAUUGUAUCGGGAAGUAACUAUGCACUGAUAGUGGCAAGGCGAUACUAAGCUCUGACGCUCCACCCCCCAUCUCCCCACUGCCCCUUGCCCUUCUUUCUUCGCUCUACCCCUUGAUUCAAAGUCACGGUCAACCGUCGCACCACCAACAGCCACCGUUGCAACUCCGUACCCUUCCCCCCCAUUUUAGGGGGUAUCAUUAUUAUUAUUAUUAUCAUUAUUAAUAUUAUUAUUAUUAUUGUCAUUAUUAUUAUUAAUAAUUCUUUUCUUAAUUCGAGAUGGAGAAAAAUAUGGAAAACGACAAAAAAAAUAUAUAUAUAUAUAUAUAAGUACAAAAAAAAACUAUUUAAAAAAAAAAAAAAAAAAACGAGGAAAAUGACAAGACUCAUUUUAAACAUACUGCAACCUAUUCCAAGUUAUUAAGUUGAAUGUAAACAGGAUAAAAAAAAAAAUGUACCACAGGAUUUCUUUUCUUCCUUUCUCCCCCCCCCCCUUACCUCAGAUAAAAAAAAAAUUAAAAAAUUGUUUUGUUUUUUUUUCUGAAAAAAAAAAACCACUAUUAUUACUAUUUUCUUUCGAUUUUUACUCUCGCAUCUCGUUUCUCUUCUCCGUGAGAUAUAUUCUCUUAGUGAAUAUUUUACGCCCGGAAAUGUAAAUACAGUAGAACAAGAAGAAAAAAUAAAAAAAAAAACACAUCGAGCACACUCGCGAAUACGAAUUCAAUUCGACAAACUUCUCUUUACAGUUGUAUUAUUAUCAUUAUGAUUCAUAUUGAUCUUAAUAUUUUUUUUUGCACAACUUGUGACGUUGAUGCUCAUAGUUCGGUUCGGUUCGGUUCAGUUCUGUGGUAUAUUGAAGUAUGAUUGAAGGGAACGAUGAAUUAUAUUUUUACUUUCUCAAUUUACUUACACAGUAAUAGCAAUUAUACACAAACUGAAGGAAGAAAAAAUAAAAAUAGCUUACCGCGAAUUAACCGCGAGAAUUUUGGCAGAAGUGAGAAGAGAAGAGAAGAGAAGAGAACAGAAAAGAAAGGAGGUAGUAGUAAAUCCACGUGAAAAAAAAAAAGAAAAGACGAAAAAAGAAACAAAGAUUUUUAACUUUGUAACUUAAUUAGUUAAAAAUUAGGUCUAAUUCUACUUACAUAAAUAAGUAUAUAAUAUUAUAAUAUAAAUGAGGCGAGCGUAGCGUGGUUUAAUUUCUAGAUAACUGAUGAAAUGACUUGUUAUUAUUAUUAUUGUUAUUAUUUCUUCUCGAAUUCCUUUUUUUCCCUUCCUUUGACAUCGUCCAGUGGUCAAUUAUACAUACUUAUACAAUCAAUUAAUUAAUAUAAUGAUAAAUCCACCGCGACGGGUUUUAUUUUUUCGAUCUUUCAUUCGUUCAAUCGCUGAUUCGUUCGUUCAUUCUCCUUUUCUUUCGUUCAUAUAUAUCUCUUAUGUGUGUUCACGUAUGUGUAUGAAUAUUUGAAAAAAAAAAAAAAUAUAUAUAUAUAUAUAUAUAAAUAUAUAUAUCGGUUUAUAUAUAUAUAUAUAUAUAUAUAUUUUUUUUUCAUAUAUAUGUACGUAUGAAAUUGGAAAUAACGAACGAAGAAUAAUGAUUAAUCAACCGCACGCAUUUGACACACGCACACACACUCAAAAAUACACGCGUUCGUAAAUUUUAGUUUUUAAGGGGGGAAAAAAAGAAGGGAGAAAGUGAAUUAAUAAAUAAAAAUCUGUCUGAAAUGAAAA